AUGAUAAAAAAUAAAAUAUCUUCAUUCUUUGUAGUGCAAAGGUACGGACAUACAUUUAAAAAAAAAUUUUUUUUUUCCUGUAUAUCUUUAUUUUGUCUUAUUUUUUACAAUUUUAUCUAUAAAGAAAGAGACAUGGAUUCAAUUCAUAGAGAAAGACCAGAACUAAAUAUAAAACCUUUAACAAUAAAGGAACUCAAAGAAAUUAGAAAAUCUCAAAAAUUCUCUGGAAUUGUUAUUAAAAAAUUUGAUAAACAUUUAACAUUUAAAUGGAAUUGUUUAGAUAUGCUUGAUAAAUAUAUUGGAAAAUAUAAAUAUUCUCUUCUUGGUAAAUGGAUGGCUUCUCUUAAUGGUAUAGUUUUGGGAUGUGUAAAAACAAUAGUAAAAAAUGAUUGUUUAAUUAUUGAAGAUCAAAAUUGUCUUCAUACAGAUGUUUCUUUCUUCUUAAUAAUAUUUUCUCCUAAAUUUAAUAAAUCUUAUCAAUGUACUGUGACAAAAGUUGAAAAAAGAUAUGUUCUUGGAAAAUUAUUUGAUAUUAUUCCUUGUAUGGUAAAAAAAGCUCCUGAAGAUGUAUCUAUUGGUUCAGUGAUAACUUUUAAUUUUGUUAAAGCUGAAUUUAAAGGCAAACUUGCUAUGCUUUCUGGAACUUUUAACAGCCUUAUUGAUACCCCUAGUACUUAA